CUUCUGCCAAAAACAAAGAAAAUAAAAAAGAUGUAUUGUCUUCAAGUUGCAGCUUAUCACUUGUUCUUCAACGCAUCUCGGAUAUGUUAUCUUCUUGCUCUGGUUGUUUUUGUCUUUCUCAGAUUCUUCGAUAUUUUUCAAAAUAUAUCAGCAGAGAAUCAAGUUGGCGUGCCCGGAACAGCAAUAUCGCUUUUGAGGUUAACUGAUAAAGAACAAGCUCAGGGAGAUUUUAAUGUAACUUUCUCUGGUCUUUUUUUAGAAUCUGCAAUCAAAGAUAUCGCUGAUAUUGUUUUCUAGUUAUUUCUGUAUUUAUAUAUGUACUUGAUUGUCGUUAUAUCUCUA